CCUCCGACAGCAGUGCUAUCACCGGCGCUGCAUUGAAAGCACGCCAAGAAUGAAAAUAACUGCCCUAAAUCUGUGCAUACAUUGUGUUUAACUGUGCUGUGUCUGUGUUGUGUGAAUUAUGAUUUCGAGAGCGCUUUUCAUAGCGCUGUUUAGUGCAUAUGCUACGUCCCUGACGCCCAUCGCCCCCCAUGCAGCACCGGGAGAUGAUGAUUGUGCGUUAUAUCUGACUGGACCUGGCCGCUCCUCAGCAUAUGACUACAGCUUAAAUCUUUUAAAAGGAAAUUUUGCAUAUGAUGGCCAACAUACAUGUAUUACUUACGAAGCCAUAAACCAAGCUUAUCUGGAUGCGAGAUCGAGAAUAUUGGUGUCUCAACCAAAAGGCGACUGGCACGCUGAAGACUUUGCAAGUGUGGGCGAACUUAUUCUUGACAUUUCUAUCAGUCUGGCGCGCACAUAUGGUCUCACCUACGAAGAGAUAGAGAAAGGUCUACCUCUCAUAGACACAUCGAGAACGCUAAUAAGAGAAGUUUGCCCUCCAGUCUUCUCCCACGUCGAGUGUCGCGCUGGAAAGUAUCGAAGACUUGACGGUCUAUGUAACAAUCUUCAGCAUCCAACAUGGGGUGCUACUAUGGCACCGUUCCAACGAUUAAUUGGUCCGUUAUUCGCUGAUGGCAUUAACGCACCUCGUAUUGCGCAUACGGGGCGAGACCUACCGUUAUCCCGGGUGGUCUCAAGGACCAUGCACCCUGAUGAUGGCUUCCAUGAUCAUGCCGGAACAGUCAUGGUUAUCGCGUGGGGACAAUUCAUGGAUCACGAUUAUACUCUUACUGGAACACCUUUAGACCCAAUUAACCGCAAUGACCCAGAGGAAUGCUGCAAGCGUCCUCCACACUUGAAACACCCCUACUGUAAUGAGAUCAGAAUACCUGAUGAUGACUACUUCUAUCGUCUCUUCGGAGUUAAGUGCAUUGAUUUCGUUAGAGGCUUCCCAUCACCUAGACCUGGAUGUAAGCUUGGUUCGCGAGUGCCGUUCAACACAUUGACAGGAGCCAUUGAUGGUAACACUGUAUACGGUGUUACGGAAAAAUUUUCCAGGAAAUUAAGGACAGGCUACGGGGGUCUUUUAAGAAUGAACCCGGUCUUCAAAGAAUAUGGACUAAAGGACUUGUUACCAUUGAAACUCGACAUCCCAGAUGAAGGUUGUACAAGGCCGAACAAAAACAUGUAUUGCUUUGAAGCUGGCGAAAUCCGUGUUAACGAGCAACUCGUACUGACUGUGAUGCAUACAUUGAUGGCCCGAGAACACAACAGAGUAGCCAAAGGUUUAGCAGCGGUUAAUCCGCAUUGGGAUGAUGAAACUCUAUUCCAGGAAGCAAGAAGGAUUAAUAUCGCUGAAAUACAACAUAUUACAUACAACGAAUUCCUGCCUAUACUCUUAGGAAAGGACGUGAUGGAAAAGUUCGGCUUGGUGCUUGAAAAAGAUGGUUACUGGAAUGGAUAUGAUCCAGAAGUAAAUGCAGAUGUGAUCGAUGCCUUUGCAUCGGCUGCUUACCGUUUCGGACAUUCUUUGCUGCCCACAGCUGUAGAGAGAUGGUCCAAAGCGCAUAAGUUCAUUGCUUCAAAGCGCUUGUCAGAUCUUAUUCGUAGACCGUAUGACCUCUACAGAGCUGGGGUACUCGACGAAUACGUCAUGGGUCUGAUGAACCAAGUUGCUCAAGCUAUGGACGACUCUAUCACCCAAGAGGUCACCAAUCAUCUUUUUAAGAAGGUUGGAGCGCGGUUCGGAAUGGAUUUGGUUUCCUUAAACAUGCAGAGAGGACGGGAGUUCGGUAUUCCCGGUUACAUGGAGUUCAGGAAGUUCUGUGGCUUGUCAGAUGCUAACACCUUCCAGGAUUUGUUUGGGUCUAUGCCAAAUGAGACAUUGAGGAAGUACGAGACAAUCUUCGAGCAUCCGAUUGAUAUAGAUCUGUGGUCGGGAGGAGUAUCAGAGAGGCCCCUACGCGGUUCCAUGUUGGGACCGACUUUUGCUUGUAUUAUUGCAACACAAUUCUCUUAUUCACGAAGGGGAGACAGAUUCUGGUUCGAGCUGCCAAACCAACCGUCAUCUUUCACACCGGAGCAACUGACAGAAAUUAAGAAGUCCCGUCUCGCACGAGUGAUUUGUGACAACACUGACAUCAUUGACACAGUCCAGGUCUAUCCCUUCGUCCUACCCGACCACGAAUUGAACCCAAGAGUACCUUGCAGAAGUGGUAUUCUACCAUCUAUGGACUUUUCUAAAUGGGCAGAGCCGGUACCAUUCGGUGCCGCAAAACAAUACGUGAGUAGUUUCGGGUUUAAUUCCUUUCACGGGAAGUAGUAAAAUAGCACAGUAGUAGUUUUGUAAGCAUUGGAUAUUGUAUUUGGUUUGAGAAAAAUAAUCUUUUAGUGACAACUGUUACCGAAUUUUUAAAUAUUGUUCAUAAAAUUCAAGAGGUGAAGUUCUUUUAUGUAAGAUUAGUUAAUUAUAUUUCCUCCCUCACUGUUUAAAGUUAAUCAGUCAAUUCACUAUUUUAACUUAAGACAAGAAAAGGAAAAUGAGACAGAGAACACAAGAGAUAGAGAUGAAAAAAAUAAUUGGUUAUAUCAGUGUAAUUAGACUGAUUUCGUUUAUAUAAAAACGGGGAUAAUAAAUCCAUAUUAAAUAUCCAAUGCGUGUAUUAUAUGACGUAUACUAAUGCGUAGUCAGUAGACUAAGGUAAUGUAGUUAUGGAAAUUAUUUAGACAAUUCUCAGUGCAUUCUCGGAUACUGCUUUGAUGAUGUAUGAAAAUAAAUUGUAAAAAUGAACAAUUUCACGCCUGAAUAAAUUGAAUUAUUUAUUGUAAUAGUUAUAGUGUGCACACUAAUCAUUGAUUUUUAACUUUAUCAUAAUCAGAUUUUUUUAAUCGAGAAUUAUCUACUUCACCCACAGAUUUUAUUUAAACAUGUUACAAUCUCUAUUUUUAUAUUUAGGCAUAUGCAUUAUGCACGAAAUUAAAUGUUGCCAUAAAUCCGCAAUUCAUAGAACGUAGAUAUUUUUGUAAAUAUUUAUUAUAAAUAUAUUGCCCCCUUAAAAAUAAGUUUUUAAUAUUAAUCUUAAAUUCCUUUAAUAUUAACGAACCCAAGACAAACUGUUUAACCCUUUCUUAAAAUUAGUACAGAUUUAUUUACGCAUUACAUUGUAUUGUUUUUUGUUUUAUCAAAAAUUUAUAAAAUUCUAGCGUACAGGGAUAACGUUAAUGUAUUGGUUUUAACAAGCACUUAAAAAGAGAAAUUGUGAAUUAGCAGUAUUUAGCUUAGAUAUGUAGAUGUUAAUGUAUGUGCUAGUAUUAUUUCUGUAGAGAACUCCACAGUGUAAAUAAUAGAAUAAGGUAUUUAAUUAAUAAUACUAAUAAAUAUUAAAAGUAGA